AGUGAGACAUGCCAGUUGUGGAAGCCAAAUGUCAAGCCUAUAUCCCCACAGGCCAGAUGGUCAAGUCGAGUGCAUGUGUUGCUGUCCCAAAGGCAUAGUCCCCUGCGUCAAGACUCCAAGACAAUGGAUGGAGGUCCCCCCCCUCGACGCGCGAAACUCGCAUAAAUACAGCGCUCUCCCUCCGCUCAGCACACAGCAGCUCACCGCCUCGCAAAGAGCACAUCGCCUCUCUCCUAAAAGCACAACUUCUAGCUAAAGACAUGCCUCCAAGAAUCACUCCUGAGACUACCCAGCUUGUCCCCUCAAGGUCCACGGUGGCCCAGAGGAAAGAAGCGAACGAUCUGAGAAAGGUAAGAGAAACUAAGAGUCAAAUGUGUUUAUCAUCAAUGCUAUAUACCCUUUUCGAGUUACUAAUGGCUUUUUAUCGCUUCUUCCAGACACUAAAGCCUUUGUUGGAAAAGAAAAGGCGCGCACGCAUCAACGACAGCCUCGGUCAAUUGAAGACUCUAAUCCUCCCUCUGGUCGGCAAAGACAACGCUCCAUACUCGAAGCUUGAGAAAGCCAAUAUUCUGGAGAUGACCGUCCGAUUCCUCCGAGAUCUCCCUUCAUCUCCAGUCAAAGGUUCAUCAGACAGCUACAAAGAAGGUUACAAAGCCUGCCUGCAGCGCGUCACCGCUCUGAUCCCCAAAACGAACCUGGACAAAGACUCGUGUCAGCGGGUGAACGACUUCAUCCAGCAGGCCAUGUCUGCGUCCGUCGACCCAGCUUGUCAGAACUGUUGCGCCCAGAGCUCCAGGGCUUUCCCCCAGAUUCAGCAGAGACUCCUGAGCCUCAAAGACAACGUUGGCUCCAGAAUCGAGAACCACUCGAACUCGCUUCCCAACCGGCCCCAGCCAGUGCCACAAACUGUCAAUGCUAACAUGUGGAGACCCUGGUAGAUUAGACAGACGAUCCCUUAGCGAACAUUGUUUUGUGAUAUAUAUAUAUAUAAACGCUGUUAGAUGUAGAUAUUAACUGGAAGAGAUGAGGGAGUUAUUUCACGUUUGACUAGUAAUGCAUUUAUUUAUUCACAGAAAAAUCAGAUGAGCACAGACUUUAUGAGCAGACAAAUUCUAUGAUCUUUGUUAGGCUAAAUGCAAUCCUCUUUGGGAUUUCCAAGAUUUGGGUUGUAGACAAAACAAUUGUAAAACCCCAAGGGUUAUUUUGUUUGAGGUUUGCGCUAUUGACUUAAGUACUUUUGGUCUGUGCAAAGGAGUAGGCUGUAAACACUGUGUGUUAUAGUAAUGUAUUAUUUAUUUCAUGA